AUGUGGAAGGACGGGUACUUGGUCCCUCCCCUGUCCGUAUCUCCCGCGCCCGUGUCUUCCCCUUCCCAUCUCUCCCACCCCCCAUCCUCUCCUCCGGUCGCCCUCCACCAACCCACAGAGUGCGCAUGUGGGAGGACGGGUACCAACCCAGUCCCUCACGCGGACACGGGGCUGGACCACCAGUUGGUGCUCAUGUGGGAGGACGGCUAUCUGGUCCCUCACGCCGUGCUCAAGAAGCUGGAAGAUCAGAUGGCACGGUUGCGCAAUGGCUUACCCCAACUCCACGCAUGUCUCCCCCUCCCAUGCCCCACCCUCCAUGCCCCCCCCCCUCCCAUGUCUCGCCUUCCCAUCCCCUUCGCACUUCACAGGGUGCUUAUGUGGGAGGACGGGUACCUGGUCCCUCACGCAGUGCUCAAGAAGCUGGAGGACCAGAUGGCACGGUUGCGCAAUUCGGCUUCUAGUGGGGGUGGGGGCGGCAGCAGCAGCCGCCAGGCAGACGCUGUACCCGCUUUAGACGAGCUCUGUUACGACUGGAAGCAGCUGCACGCCACGUAUCUGAAGUUCUCGUACCAGAUCUAUAACUACGGCGAAGGGCUGGUGGGCGUGAGUGUGGCGUCAGAGGCAGCAGAGUGGGUGUACAGUCAUGCCAAGUACCAUGCUGAUACACUCAACUCCGUGCAGAGCCAGCAUCCACCUGGUUGGGCCGAACACUUUGCUUCUGGCAUCAAGACCAUCGCCAUAAUCCCAGUCCCUGGCGGGGCUGUUCAGCUGGGCUCUGUGCUCCUGAUCAAGGAGGACCCGAGCAUUUCACAGGGGCUUAAAGAGAAGUUCGAGCAGCUGCAGAAGAUUCCAGGAGUCUUCCUCCCGGAUUUCAUUCCAGAAACGUCCACCACACCUGCAAGCAUCGCCAAACCACUACCCAUGCCACCCUCCCACUUCCCCCCCCAUCCCUCAUCCCCAUCUUCCCAUGCUCCCUCCGCCUCUCCUUCUCAUUCUAUCGCCUCCUCCCCCCAUCCUUCCACGCGCCAUCCCCCCUCCAUCGCCCACCCACCUUCGUCUAGAUUGAGCCAGAAAUCUAGACCGGGACCUCUUAGAUUUGAUCCGCCGAGAUCUGAUUCUCCCAAUCGGACCACGCAGCGAGCCUUGGCGCAGCUGUCCAUCCUGGGCUCGCCGUCAGGUUCGGCAACCGUACCUGCUAUUCCGCCUGCUGCUACCGGAGCUGCCGCUUCCGCCGCACCUAUGGCAAGCUCUCAGUCGCCGGCCAAUCGCAGGCUGACACCUGGCGUGCGCUCGCAUUCCCUCUCAGCAGCCGAUGUUCUAGCAGUCUUGACGCGAGGAGGAGGAGCAGGGGGAGGAGCAGGCGGGUGGGGAGGAGGGGGAGAGGGGAAGCAGAGUGAGUUGAUGCAAUCUGCAGCAGCGGAUAUGGUCCGUGCCUCAUCGGCAGGAGGACCCGUGCGGAUGCAGCAACAGCAGCAGCAGCAGCAGCAGCAGCAGCUGGAGCAGCAGCGUGGCAGCUUGAAACGGCCUCUGGAGGAGGACAGUGGUGGGGCAGAGGAGAUGGAUUGUGCUGGGUUGAGUGGCAGUGCCGCAGAGUCAGGAGGGCGGCGAGGGGGGAGUGCGAGAGACGGAAGUUUAGCAGAGGGGAUGGUUGGGGCUGAUGCGUCCGCCGGUGGUGAUGGUGGUGCUGCUGCUGGUGGUGGUGGUGGGGGGGUUUCCAGGCAGGGGUCAGGAGGGGCGAAUGGGCAGGGACAGGGUGCAGCAGGAGGGGAGACUUGCACUGGUGCUGCCAGUGGGGAGGAAGGAGUACAAGCAGGAGCAUCAGGAGGAGGGGCAACAGGGUCAGCGCAAGCAGCACCGACGAGAAGGCAAGGCAGCUUCGGAUCAGGCGGACUUGAGAGUCUAGAAGCCGCCUUUUCUCCCUUUGAUUCGACGCAAAGACAGAGCCUCGGGGCGGCAUUUGCAACGUUUUCGACAUCGGAGGACGAGAGGAGGCGAGCAGAGGAGCAGUUUCGCAAGCUGGCCAGGCAGGCUGAAUUCAAUGACCCCUCUCUGGCCGCUGCUGUCAAACUCUCCCGCGCUGCGAUGAGCCGAGGCUCCUCAGGUGAAUUCUCAGGUGCUCCUGCUGGUGCUGCUGGUGGUUCUGCUGGUGCGUCUGCUGGUGGGACUGCUGGUGGGCUGGUUUCGCCAGGUGGGAGUGGGUCCAAAGCGGUAGACUCCUCCCCACGGGCGCCUAUGGAGGUGACGAGUGCUGGGGAUAGGUUGGACGCGAUUCUGUCCCCUGCGUUUCUAUCACCUUCGAUACAGUCACCUACACUGGGUGGAUUCGGGGGAGGGGGUGGAAGCGGGGGUUUGUUGGCACAGCAGGGCCCUCUGAGGAAGCGGCGUGCAACCCCGGAGUUGCAUAGGAGACUCAGCCGAGAAUCGUUCCCCGACUUUGAUCUUGAUGCUAGGUCCCCUGGCGCUGCUGCUGCUGCUGCUGCCGGUGUUGCUGCUGGUGGUGGUGCUACUGCUGCUGCUGCUGCUGCUGCUGCUGCCGCUGCUGCUGGUGGUGCUGCUAGUACUGCCUCUGCUUCCCCUGCAGCAUUCGCACCACCGGGCUCGGGGGAUCCUACCCCGAGCCUCCUUCGCGGGCCUGGAAGCAGGCUCGGCACCCCACUCAACCGAAGCUCGUCCUUAGGUCUGGGACCGGGAGUGAUGACGCGGCGGCUGGACCCUUCAUCCGCUGCUGUUUCCAUGUCUGGAGGUCCGGCAGCGAGCGCAGCAACGGCAGGAGGUUCAACCAGCCUCGGCAAGACACCCAGCCUCGACAAGUCAGCUAGCUUCGGCAAGGCAGCUAGCUCGUCUGAAGCGGGAGGUUCGGAAGGUGCUUCCGAUCCUGUUCCCGCACCUUCGAAAGAGGCUAUGGCGCUGGCGAUCCUAGGGCAGAUGAUGGCCGGCGGCGAUCUAACGGCUCCUGAGGUGCAUGUGCUGGCCACUCAGAUCACCAAGAGGGCUCAGAAAGAAUCCCAGGCGGGUUCUUCUGGGGUAUGUAAAACUGGGGUAGGUAGAACUGGUGUGGGUGGGUCUGGAGCUAUAGAAGGGACAGGAAGGGGAGGAGGAGCAGGGGGGGUGGGAAGAAGUAAUGGCGGUGGUGGGGGAAGAGGAGGAGGUAGAGGAGGAGGAGGAGGAGGAGGAGGAGGAGGAGGAGGAGGAGGCGGAGGGGGAGGAGGAGGAUGUGGGGGAAGGGCAGGAGGAGGGGCAGCAGGGGGCGGUCUGGACGGGAUAAUCAAGAUGUUGGGGAAGCAGGCGGGGGCAGCAGCUCUAGCUGCGCGGCUUAGAAUGGAGCUGGAUGCAGCUGAGGCAGGCUCUGCUGGGGAAGGUUGUGCUGGGGAAGGGUCUGCUGAUGAAAGAGGUGGGGGCGGUACUGCCGUUGCUGCUGAUGUUUCUGGUAGGUCUGCUGCUACUGGUGUUGCUGCUGGUGUGGCAGCGGCAGCAGGAGGAGCAUCAACAGGAGCAGGAGGAGGAGCAGCAGCAGCAGGAGGAGGAGGGGUAAAGCGGCCUUUGAAGGCUGGUGAUCCUUCCGAAGCUGAGAAGCAGGUUCAGGCAUUGCUGCAGCGGAAGCUGAAUGAAAUGGCAGCAGGCUCGGCGCAGGCUCGGAAAGCCCUGCUGGAUCGGCUGAAGGUAGAGGUUGCCGAACGAAGGAAGGCGCUGAGUUCGAAGAGAGAGGGGGGUGAAGAGGAGGAGGACGAGGAAGAGGAUGGUGAGGAUGAGGAGGAAGAGGAGGAUGGUAGUGAUGGUAGCGAUAGUGGUGGGUCUGACGGGAUAGACCGAAUGAUUGGUGGUGUAGGCACGGCAGCAGGUGUGGAGGGAGGAGCGGGGAGAGGCGUGGGGAGAGGAAGGGGAGGGAGUUUGGCAGGAGGUGUUGGGAAGGAGGUGAGGAUGGGAGGGGUAGCCAGGGCAGUGGGAGGGCAAGUAGGUGGUAAUGGUGGUGGGAGAGGAGGGGUGUGGAAGGUGGAAGAUAUGGGAGGGUGGAGCACAGGGCUCGAUACAAGACAAAAUGGAGCUCAAAUAAACAGCCACCUGGGCGGCAACCAUUUGGGCGGCAGUCACAUGGGCGGCAGUCACAAUUCGGGCGGCAAUCACUUGGGCAACACAUUGUCAUCUACAGUUGAUGUGAAACCGGGUGUGCUGUCUCACAGUCAAGGCACAGGCCAUUCUACAGCGGCCUUACUGGCCAAUCAUGGGUCAACACCUGGAAGCGCUUGGGACGGUGGCCUUGGACUGACCAGUCUAACAGGACUAGGAGGGGCGGGAGGGGGAGGGGGAGGGGGAGUGGUAGGGGGAGGGGCAGGAGGAGCAGGGAGUGGAAGAGAAGUGGAAGGAGGGGGAGGGGGAGGGGGAGGGGAGAAGGUGCAGGUGGGAGGGGAGGAUCUGCUGAUGAUGGAGGUGGGGGAUGUUGACAUGUGGGGCUCUGGGGGGGACUCUGCGCUCCCAACGCCUCGUGCAACUGCUGGUCACGCCGCUGCUGACACUCACACUCAUGGCGCUCUUUUGCUGCCAGAAGGGGAGCUGCCCCCGUGGCAGGAGCAGCAGGAGGAGCUGCAGCAGCUGGACCAGCAGGGGCAGGGGCAGGAGAGGGGAGUGCAGCAGCAGGGGUUGGAGGAUUUCAGCAUGUUUCUAGACGAUCUGGAUUUGGGUGUGGAGCUGCCUCCUGACCUUCACUUUGCAUCCGCAUAG